GCUUUGGUGGGUCUGGGUAUUCCCUUAUCAAAAUCAAACAUUGACCAAUUUGUCUCCUGGUAACCACGUCAGGAUCAGUCUCUCACGUCAUUUUGCAGUUAUGGUACUUGUUGCUGUCCUCUGACAUCUUUGGAUAGAUCACUGGAAUCUGUACUAUGAGGGAACAUUGGUGUGAAACUUGUGAUGCAGCUCACAGUGUUUAUUUGGCAGUGUAGGAAGCUGUGUGUCUGCAACAUGCCACAGUGCUGCCAUAAUGCUCAGGAUUAUCAGAAGUUAUCCUUAGAGGUGAGGAACAUGAAGAAUGUGAUACCAGCCAUUAUACAUGUAGAUCUGAAGGUCUAUAUCUCUUGUCAACUAUAGGAUCCUCUGUGGAAUUGAAUACUAAAGAGACAUUGAAGUUAGGAUAGCACAUCUGUGUAUUCAUCAUGUAAUCAUAAUGUACAGUGUUCUUUAUUAAAGACUUUACUAAAGGUCUUAUAAUAUUAAAUUGUUUAAGGCAGAGAUCAUUGCAAGCAAACACACUAUGUAGCUGUAUAGUAAAUAGCAGUUCAGCUCAGUAGUAUUUAAUGUUAGUUCUGCAUUCACCACGAGAUGCAUUACAUUGAUAAACACUGCAAAUAGAAUUUCAUUUAGCAGUUUUUUAAAUACUUGAUUAAAGAUGUUCUCGGUGGAGCAUGUGCGGAAAAAUCCAGCCUGUUUUUAGACAGAGCUGAUUCUCCAGUCACACAUGUGAACCAGAAAUCCAAUGAGCCAAUAAGCAGCAGAUAUUCAUGUGUAUCAUUAUCAUGGAUAAGGCAGUCUGCUUGUGUUUUCACAAUAUAUAGUGUUGAAAAUGUGGCUGCAAAAAAGUGUAGGACAAUUAUUUUUUUUGUAGUGUCUAAGACCUGUGUAUAUUUUGUGAUUUGCUUUGCCCUUUGAGGGCCGCAGAUGGCCUGUGGGCCAUACAAUUAAGAAGUGAUAUAGUGUUAUAAUAUACAGCAUCGAAAACCUACUGUACAUGUGACAAGCUGCUGUUGUGUGUGUGUAAUUGGUUAAUAGGUGAGUAAUGUUAUAAAGUGAAACUGUUCAUUACUUGCUGUAAUGAAGUGAUCCUUACAAAGGCCAGUAUUCCAUAAGUAGGUAGUAUCUUUUGCCAAUUCAUUUGGCUUCUUAAGGCAGAAAACAAAUACUGAGUGUUUUUACUUGUACAGAUGACUUCAGGAGACUCCUGGAGAAUUUGAAUGAGCUUACGCUUGCUUCUCCUGAGAUAAGGAGACACUGCAGCACUGUCCUGUAGUUAGUAUUCUGGUUUGUGGUCUGAGUCAGUGGUUUGGAAAUGUAGCAUCAGGACUAAGAAAGACAGGGUUGUCUUCUUAAAUCUGCUGAGUCAUUCAGACAAGGAAAUAUUCAGAAAAGGACAGAACACGGCCUGACUCUCAUUUCAAGCUCUGAUUUAGGGACAGAAAAAAUAAAAGACUUAGGAAAUGUUUGAUUUUGUAAUAUAUGAGUAACUUACUGUGUAUCAAGUGCUGUUUUUUUUGUAAUAUUGUCAUUCUGUAACUAUUCUGUCUUCAAUGAAGGCUCCUCUUUUAUGCCAUAAAUUAGUUUGUACUCCCUCAUUUUAAAUAAACUCAGUUGUUCUGUAGAAGUCCUGUCCAUAUUUUUAAGGGUUUUCUUGAAACCUGUGAGUACUUUGGAAUCGCACUCCAUCCUUGCCAAAAUGGCUAACUGAGCACUCUUUCUGGCCUCUGUAAGCCUGAGACGAAUACACUUUGUAUUUUCGAGGCAUCAUUCCUAGAACUUGCCACCCAGACUGAUUCACGAACCAGCUGGCUGUGAAUGCUUAUUCCAACAAAGGUAGCUUGCUAAGGCUGAUCACUGCAUCGCAUCUCUUGAAACUCUAUCAUCCCCCCUUUUUCAACAAUGAAGGUUUGUCAGAAUGUAACUGACAACAGCAAACAGCCCAAAUAUAGUUAAUUUCAUGAGUAUUCUGUUCUAAGAUCCAAAUGCUAGUAUAACAAGUGCUAAUUUGUGUGUGUGAUAAAAGCAAUUGAAUGUGCAAAUAGCGGUCAUGUUGUGGAUGAUUUACAAAAAAUAAUUGUGUGAAUUUAUAUCAUGUAUAAAUUUGGGGGCAGAAACAACAUGUUUUUUCGCGUGUGCUACUUGUUCUCAGUUCUAAUUGGGUUUCAGAGAGACUUCCAGAAGAGUAAAGUGAACUUGACAAUGUAACGCAGAUUUAAAGUAGUGAGACAGGUCAAAACACUAUUUCUAUACAUAGAACUUUACAAUGAGGUAUGUUUGUAGUACAGCAUACGAAUACACAGAUACCAGCAAGACUAGACCAUAUGAACACUUAAAUAUAACUGAACUGAACUAAUGAAUUAAUGUGUUGUAAAAUGGAUGCCACAGAAGAUAGAAAGCUUGCCAGUAAGUUGGCAUUGCAUUACACCCCUACAUUGUACUACAUUAUAAGAAAGCUAACUAUACAUGAAUUCUAGCAUUUAGGACAGAGUAAUGAUUGCAGAAUGGGUAGGCGGAAAUGCGAAGGAUACCAGCAUUCUUCAUGCAGUUGUUGCUGUGGAAUUCUGAAGGGAGAAAUUCCACUCAUAUGUUUGUGCUGAAAACAAGGACGAUUAGUACUUGUUUGGGUUUGAUCAGCAGAGCACUAGUCACCACCCUGUCGUGAUGUCGUGUGUGUGUGUGUGUGUGUGUGUGUGUGUGUGUGUGUGCGUGCAUGCAUGUGUGUCCUUGGCUGCUGUUGCACAUCUUUCUCACUCAGAAGUGACACUUCCAGGAACUGCACUGCUGUAUUGACAUAAAUGCGGACUGAAGUUUAAUGAGGAGGCCGGUGCCUCUUUUAAAUUCUUAUACAGCCCCGCUUAUGAAAAAGAUGACUCCUUCAUCAUGAAAUCAGCUCUCAGAUUUACUCUCAUUGUAUUUUUUGUACUUUUGGCCUCUUUUGCUUUUUUUGCAGCAGAUUCUUUCCCCCACAACAAUAUCUGUAUCUGGUCAUUAAUGUUGUUCACUAAAUAUAUCCACAUUAUUUAUUAUAGUAGAAAUGACUAGUGGACCUUUAACUAAUUUAAGUCAAAUUUUUAUUUUUGUGUAUUUAAAACUGUUGAUGCUACAUGCACAUAGGCCAAUACGUUUUUGUAUUUUGGGUGUGAUUUUAUUUAUUUUUGGCCAAAGUGUUUACACUUGGUAUCAGUAUUAAAGUCAAAAUUCUAGUGUCUGGUAACAUAAUCCUACUUGAAACCAAGGGAUCACUGUGGCUUGCCAGCACUUUGUUACCAAAGUUUAAUAUCUCUAUAUUUAUUGCGUAUUGUUUGCAAUUCUUAGUAUUGAAAUCUGAUAUUCGUCACAUUGCCCACCCCUAACUGAAACAUAUUUGACUGAUGUCUUUUAUUUAAAAAGACAAUAUUCAUCAUCAGAGACAUUUAAUUAGUCUCUGAUGUAGACAACGUUUGAUUACUUCUGAAGGUUUCUGACUGAAAGCAAUUUAUCAGUUUGAGAGUCAUCAUGUGCAGUCAUGAAUUAAAAUCAUAGACAGCUAUUAUAUCAGCACCUCAACAUCUUCACAUGAUCUCAGGUGUGAAGAGAAAAGGAAGAAGAACAGAAGAAAGUGCUGGAGGGAUGGAAAGAACAGUGAAAAGUGCAGCCAUUCUGUUACGUCAGCACUGACAGGCCCAAUCAGGCCUCCUGUGUUCCUCUGUGUGUAUUCAGCGUGAUAGAAACACACUGGAAGUCAUUACCAGCUUGUAGAAAUUACUAAUCACAAAAAAAAAAAACUGACAGCCUGUAUUUUCCAAACACUCCCAAAAACACUCCCAAAUCAUGUUCAUCUAAUCUACACUGACAAGCUGACAGUACUCCAGUUCACGGAAUGGCAAAGAGCAUUACAGGAUGAGAUGGAUGACCUUCAGCGCGUCACACUUUAAAUGUCACAGUCUUCAAACAGGGCUGAUUUUUCCUCCUAAUCUCCUGUGCCUGUUGAAAUUGCAAGCACGUUUCAACCAGUAUUACAGUACAUUUCCUGUCUUUUCUUCCAUAGUCCUGUAGAAAACAAAUACAUUUGUUUGAAACUACAGAAAUGACCAUGUAGAGAUUUUUUUCAGGCUCCAGUACUGCUAAGCCAGCAAUGUGACUAAUCAAAAUAAAAUUGCUAAUCUUAUCCUACAGUCUGUAAUUAACUUGUUCUUUUAGCUUGACUUGUUGCUAAAUUGUACCAAAGGGUGUUCUUGGUGUUCACUUUUUUUUUUUUUUUGAGAAAUUUUGUUCUCGGAACUGUGCUUUAUCAGCAAUGUGUCACACCCAGUUGGUCAGGAAAUGAACUUCCUUGGUUACCCUUUCUUCAUGGCAUGUGCUCCUCUGUCUCUGUUUCUAUUAGGAUGUAGGAAAACAGAUGAGAAUUUUUCAAAUGUGUGAUUGGCUGGGUAUCCUCAAGCGAAUUGAUAUUUUAAUCAGGGACCAGAACACCACAGUGUAAUCCCCAACCACCCCUGUGGAGAGAAGCAAAGGAUUCAGCCUAAGCUUGCUUACAUGUAGGAGUAGAAGAGGAAAGGAGUAGCUGUUUUAUUCUCAGUGGCCUAGAUUACACCAGUACUCCCACAAAAAGCCUCCACUGAUCUCUAAACAUGAGGAAAUGAGGGGAGGUGUUUUGUUCAAUUGAUGUGUGUCUAUAUUUUUAGCUUUGUUCAGUUUUUGAACAAAUUACUGUCAAGUUUAAACGUACAACUGCCAGAUUUAUUCAUUCUUUUCUACCUAGAAUGCUUGUCUAAAUUCCUGGAAUUCAUUUCUAGAGGGGAUAGAAGUCUGCAAGUGACAUUAUAUAUUUAUUUAUUAUUAUUUUUUAUUUUUAUUAUAAAAACUCACUACUGCCAGCUCUCCCAAACACUCCUGAGCAAUCUUACCUGCUCUCACAGUUAAUUUUGCUUGUAUUAGUCCCUAAAAUAUUUUCUAAUGAACAUUGGUUGGUUCGGAUUUCCCAAAGUAUUAAGAAAUGCAUCAUUUCAUGUACAGGGACACUGACCAGGUGAAAGCAGAUGAAUGAAUAAAUGAUUGAAUAAAGCCCAGUUUAUGCCAGAAACAGUUGUGCCUUGUCUGAUACUCGCAUAUGUUAAUCAGUGUUAACUUUCUUUGUCCCUGCGUGAGAGUAAAAAACACCCAUUAUCUGCACCUCUUUUUGAGUCUCAGUGCAUCCCUCUAGUGGGGAGUGAAUAAACUGGUGUCUUCAUGUUGUCAUUACAGUUUGCUGAAGGUCAGUGCUGUUGCUGAAAAUUGGGUUAUGUUGGAAUCAUAAGUGUUGCUGAUAUUUCUAAUACGUUUCUGACUUCACUCUCUGCAAACCCUUCCACUGAGCCAAGUCUGUUUAGUUUAUUAUGCAGUCUCCUGUAGUUUUAAACCACACACCCCCAAACAGAUCCUGUAAACAGCCACUUUGCAGUGUAUCCAGUCCUUUAAAAUAUUUACUCCCUAAAUAAUGAUGCUGUGAUGAUGCAGUCAGCUAAGAAAUGUCAGGUUGUGUACCUUUGUGGUCUUUAUAGGAUUUUUGUGGAGAGUUUAUGACAUAAAAACACAUUAAUACUCUGCUUCAACUAAACUGUAAUGUGGUACAUGUGUGUGUUGGAAUGCUCGGAAUACACAUCGACUCCACUCACCGCCUCUCGUAAAUGUUAAAGCUGACGACUCCCUUAUGUGCCACUCGAUUAAUGUUUCCAAAUACCAUUAUAGCAGGUUCUCAUGAGCAAAUUGCUUUAACAUUUGUGGCAAAAACAUUAUUGGUGCCUGUUAGACGUUUUCAUUGCAUGUUGCUAAGCGUGACUUUAAGAGCAUUUUGUUUAUAUUAAUUCAUUAUGUUUAAUGAGGAUGCAGUCAGACGUGUUGGAUAAGUCAGGUAACCAGUACCAGGCUUUAGAAUACUGAUUUUCUCAACAGAAAAGCAUUUGUUGAUGCGAAUUCCUGUAAGCAGGUUCGGAUGUUUUUCAUUGUUUUUCAUUAAGAAAUAGAUUGAAACCUCUUGACUUUAUAGAACCCCCAUUUAAUAUUUUGUUCUUUAUUUCCAAACAAUUAUUUCCAUCUGGAACACAAUCUUACAUAACAAUGAUGUAUUUGACAUUGGAUUUCCAUAAUGCUUUAUUUUUGUAUGUGCAGCAGCAGUGAAACAACAAUGUGAUGAUACCAAUUGAAAUUCAUGAGCUGAACCUCAGAUACAAAUAGUCAUUACUCUCCAUUGCACUGACCUUGGAUUUCCAAUUCCUCCUGUCAGUCAAACUCUGUGAAUGAGGCUUAAUGUUCUGCAUUUGUCUCUAGGCAGCUUGUGCUUGGCAUUGUUGUGUCUCUAUCUGCUCUAUUAUAAUCUACUGUCAACUGCAAAUUUAUUGGCAGGCUUCAAGAGAAUGGGCAAAAAAUAUAAAACCUUUUGUUGUUGUUGUUGUUUUUUGUUCUGAAAAAAAUUGUAUUAAAAUAAGCCCAUGCAAUCUAUAUAUUUAAACUCAAAAUGUCACAGACUGCAUGUUAUUCAUUAUGUACUCUUAUUUCCAUGAAGGGUGCCAAUAAUUUUGCAGCAGACACACUUUUACAGUCUAUGUGAUGGUGUGCAUGGUUUACUGGAAGGCUUGCAUACAGUUAGGGAUUUCCAGUGUAAGUUCUUUUUAUUCUGUUUUUUUUUUUUCUAAAACAGUUAUCUGAAUGAGUUUGAAUUCUGUUCAUGGGAUGGAACACUGGAGCCCAAUCUCAUGCUGAAAACCGCACGUGCAUGUAAACUGUAGCAACUGAUCUUAGGUCUGGAAUUGUUCCAGAAUGGAUGGCCUUAUAACUCACACUCUCAUGUAGACCUAAGACAUGAUUAUGAAAAACUGUUGUCUUGUCUCUAAGCCAGUAGACUAAUGAAAAUGAUUUCUUAUCUGCAGUGAACAGAGUAUCAUUUAUCAGUAAGGAGGAAGUUCAGAUUAACGUCCUUGCCUAUGAAAAGAAAAACUGAUGUCUCAUCAGUUGUCAAGGACUUGUGUGUUAUCUUCACGGUGUGAGAUGAAUCGUGUCUUGUCAAAAGAGCAAUGUAAUUUAUUUGGCUAAUAAAAAUGUUGCACUACAGUAUGUAUGGAAACUGCAUUGCCUGGGUUUUAUGUAGGUUUAAAUAUGACUGAGCUUGCAAAUGGACAGUCAUUGCAGUAGUGUUUUGCAGAUCAUAGGUCAUAAUGAAGCAUAGUCAGUCAAUUCCAUGCGUCAUUAUGAAACCACAACUGAUUUUAAGAUGCUAUCUGUCUUCUACAAUUAGCCCAAAAUCACCAAAGGGAGUCAGCUGUGGUACAGUCACCACUCCCUUCCUGUAAUGUAGCCACACACACACUCAUACAGUGCACUCUCUCUGUCUUUAGCAUUGCUAAAAAAAAAAAAAAAAAAAAAAGAGCAGUCUAGGCAGCAGAAAGGUUGCUGCUGUACAGGGUGCCAAGACAAACCGUGCCCUCAGCUGGCAAGGUGUACAUGGACUUGGCUUCACACAACAGCUGUAUUAUGUGUGCUCAGUGUGAGCCCGUGCCAUAGGGCAAGAGGCUGAGGAGAGGAGGGGCAGGGGCAGGGGCAUGGGCAUGACGGUGUCCAUGGAGAGACAUAAACAUCAUGCAGGCUCGGAUCUAAUAUUAGGUACCAGAAUAUCUUGUUGUACACACACUGCUUUUGGACAUCGUUUGGGUUUUAUCAGCUUGAGAGUGGUAUGUGUGGCUCAGUUUAUACCCGGAUUUUCUUGUCACUCAUUCAUUCUGCAAUUUAUUGCUCAUUGAAAUAAUUGUUCUACUUAUUCAAUUUGUGAUUAAUUUACUUAUGUUUUUUUCAGCUAAAAGAGUACUAAAUUUCUGUUUUCUGCCUUUUUCUGUGUGUUGGUCUGAUUUGGGUUAUGUCAGGUAAUCCAUUUAUGAAUCAGAAUUAGCAAUAUAAUAUCAGUGACCAACUUUAGCUCAGCUACAUAAACUAAAGUGACAUUUUUCCCUGUUCACUCCACCUCUCUUCCCCAUGAUUGAACGUGAAUGGAACUACACAGAGGUAGCAUUUUAAGCAUAUUGUAUACAUAAUUUUUAGCGCCGUACUUCACACCAUGGCUAGUAAUUCUACCUUGCCUUUUAUUAAAGGAACUUGAAUUGAAGUUCAUUGAAAGGAACCCGAAUGCAAUGUGGUUGGUCUAAAAGGAUAUAAUCACAAUUUGUCACCCUGGAUGUCUACAGCUAGUGCUGUAAAAGAGAAGCCUGUGGUUAAUUAGUCUGUAUUUCACCUGGGUGCUCACCAUUUCUGCACCAUUGUGGCGCUAUGGAUGCUGUCAGCACUGUGUGUGCAAAAUUUGACUCAUGGCUUGGAUUAAAAAAAAAAUUGUUGGAGAAAGGUUUUGGUUUGUCAUUCCUACUAGUUUUUCCAUAUCUGAACAGUUUUAAGCAGGUGGAAAUAUAUAUAUGCAUUUGUAGUGUUUAACUAAAAUUAUAUUGGAGACAGAUGUUUAGCGUCAUUAAUUUUUCUCAAAAUUAAAUAUGGAUGCUUUAGGUGUCUUAAACAGUAAUACCUGAGCUCCAAACAAGCACUGUAAACUGAAUAUAUUUAUUCAUAUCUUUAGAACUACUCAUCUGUUUUAAUUAGUUUCUUGAUCUGCAUGUGCACAACAUUUUUAUUUACAUUUUAUUUACAUUUUAUCCUUUAUAUCUUUUUUAUUGUUAAUAAAAAAAAAUACCCUAUAGCUCUUAAGUGGCAGAUCUACAUCACCUCUGAGUUCCUUCUCUAGCUGUUUCAUACCACAUGGUUUGAGAUUCAUGUUUCUCACCAAGACUCUGCACAUCUUUAUGCAAGCCCUUCUCUCUUUUCUCUCAUUUUUCUCCAUCUGUCUGUCUGAAAUGAUUGCUGACUGUGGCUUAUGUCUGGAACAUGUGUCACCCACUUGCCUCUUCCGGUCUGCAGAACUCCAUCUAGACGUCUGAACGGCGAAACACUGCAGUGUACACAGCACAUUUCCAACCCCAGAGGCACUCUUCUGUCCCUGCUGGGUGAGAAGAAGCAGGAAGAGAACUUAGGCAUGUCCACAUCUUUCUGUUUAGACUGAAUCUCUGAGGUCACUUUGCGCAGGAGGGACCAUGUGGAGUCUAUAAAUGACUGAGUGUGUUCACUAGCACUAACUCAUCCAUGCUGGAGCUGUCAUAUUGCUGCAGUGCUCCUCUCAAGUGGAGCUUUUGAGGCUGAACCUGUUGAGGCUGAACCUGUAGCAUAAAUAUGAAGGAGGUAUAGAUAUAAAAGCCGCAUUUCCGCUCAUGUUCAUAACAAAUUACAGAAUUCAUCAGAGAAGUUGUAGACCAGAAAUGUCUCCACACUUCUAAAGCCUAACUUAGUUAUUGUCCAGCAUAUGUUUCUUUCAGUAGGAAAAGUUCUUCUACUUUGUGGUUUCUUAAAUUUUCCCUGAAGACCCAACAAGGCCAAGGCUUCUGCAGUAGCUCUUGAAAUGUUCAUGGAAAGUUAACAUGUCAUGUUUCCUCACUGAGUAGCAUUCAGCAAGAGCUUUGACGUCUCACAGGGGCUCAGAAGAUAGGUUUCCAGACUUCCUGUCUUUUCAGUAAUGAGGUACAGCAGAUGCAGUUCCAGACUCCUGCUGUGAGAUGAUGGAAGCAAACUGAAACGAGACACUAGAAUAUCUCACAUCUGAAUGCAGAUCAGUACCGAUAUGGUUGUUGGUUUGGAUUGACAUAAAUCUUGUUCAUCUUCAGUGAGGACUGGAGUAAUUGCCCACCAGCUUUGCUCUCCAGCUUUGAGCAAAUCCAGUAUGUGCGUUUGCCUCUCAGUAUCUGAUGAGCCCCUGAGGUGUGUUUAUGCUCUUGGUCAAUGCCCAGCUUCAGACACAGCCACUGUCGGUACUUAAAUCUGAGCUGCUAAACAGGAGCUUUGGAGAUUUACAGCCUGAGCUGAGCAAGAAUGAGCAGCAAUCUCUGGACUCUUAUCUGAAAUGUUUAGAGUACUGCUUCAUCUGCUUUCUAUAAAUUAUUCUACAAACCUGUUGACUGAAGAGGAAGGGUACUAACUGACUAAUUUUUAAUUGUCUGAUGGUUGGUAUAUAGUUUAUAGACCCUAUGUAUUGGUUUUCUAAACAGAGCAUGACAAAGGUUUUUAAAACCAUUUCAGCUGAUCAUUAUCUGCACUCUUGCUAAGCGAUGCAAAAGCCAGACAGUUGUUUGAUCUGUGUGCUAUGGUAUGUAUUGGGGAGCAAAGCUAAAUCCCAACUCUGCUUGGUAUACAGUAUGCAAAGGUUCUCAAGCAUCCAUGUCACAUUCAGACAUUUUGGCACUCAUUUGAGAUCCUUCAUCAGGUGAUCAGACUCUCAGAUGAGUGGCAAAAUAUCUUAACAAUAAAGACCUGUUGGUUCAGGUCCAAAACACAAGCCUGGCCACUUCACUAAUUCAAAGCAUAAAGUCACUGAGGAAGCAGGAACCAGGGGACACUGAUGCAAGUCAAGAUACCAGGAAUUAAUUACAUUUCUCUACAAACAGGGAAUCACUCAGAAUUAGCUUUAUUGUGCUGUAGUAACUACAGCAGAGCUUGUAUUUCAGCUGCUUAACAUUAGUUCUGCACAUAAUUGAGAGCCUUUGGGGCAAGAUCUUGGAUAUUAAGAAACACCAUUUAUGAUUUCAUUAAACUGGCAGUGUGCUUUUUUAUGCGCUGUUUAUGAACAUUUUGGUGUUAGAGAAUAACACGUAUUUGCUGAGGGUAGUGCUACAGUUAACUAGACCUUUUAUUGUUCCAGCACUGACGGUUAAAUACACGAAACUAGGAAGAGCAGGGUGCACUUAGCUAAAUGGUAGUGUUAAACUGAGAGACCCUUGAUUAUGUAGAAUGCAUGCAACAGGCCCUUUAGAUAAAUAUGCUAACUUGUGUGUGUGUGUGUGUGUGUGUGUGUGUGUAGCAUAGCAAUAGAGGCUAGCGGGUGAGGUGGAAACCUGUGUAAUCACAUGAGAGAUUCAGGUUUACUGUAAACCUGAGGAUGGCAGUUACAAUCAUUUUGUGCUAUUUGUGAUUGUAAUCAUUCUGUAGUCCUUUAGAUUACACAUUAGCUGCUAGGUGUAUUAUUGGCAUUAAAAAUUGGCAAAAAAAAUUGAAGCAAAUGGAGUUAUUUUUUCAAUCUGAGUUCAUCAUCAUAUGAUUUAUUCAGUUCCUGUAGCUCAGUGGUUAUUUCUUCAGCUUUAGAGCAGAAGCAGUAGCAGACGCAACUAAAAUUAGUGAUUAGGACGUCCCAUGAUCUCACAACAUUUCAGGUUUUUUCCUGCUUACUGGAGACCUUACAGGAAAAAGUGAGUUGAGCUCUGUGUAAGGGACUCUUCCUAGCCAAUCCAAACUAUCUAACACAAGCUAAAAGAUUGUGCUGAACUUGCUCUUACUCUUUAGAGCUCUAGUCAAGUUUAGACAGCAAAAUGAGGUAAGAUUGGUACUAAAAUGACAGCAGACACAUUGGCACCAACAUCUCCCCUGGGCUCAUAGCAGGCUUCAUGCCGUCUCUCUGUCCAGGCAGCACUGUCAGAAUGACAUUGAGACAUGUAGUAAGUGACAGCUGCUGGGAUUGCAAGGUUGAAAGUAAGAGGCGGUUUUCAGAGUGCCCCCUCCCCAAAACAGGUGUCUGGAAGAUAUCGGUAGAAUGAGAGGAAUAGGAACUCUGUCCUACUUUGUCCUUCACGGGGAACAGAUGAGAGUCUGACAGACAGAGAGCCCAGAAACCUUGAAGAGACAGAUUUUAAUCGCAUUUCUCCAUAUUAAUGUAAAAUUAAUACCUUUGCUAAAGGUAGCAACAAAGAGCAAGCUGAAUUUUUCUGUAAAAAUGUAGUGAGUAACUUACCCCAGAACUAUGGAGAUAAAAUUGUUUGGGCCUCUCUGUCAGCUGAUUAUGAUGUUCGCAGCUUUGAACAGACCAUCUCCUAUAAAUUCUUCAUGCUAGUCCAUGAGAAGCCUUUGACAUGUAAUGGAGCCCUUAUUGAACUGCAAACCCUUCAGCAUUAAAGAUUUGAUGUCGUCAGUAGUAAACUCUGCCACUCAGGUGGCUCUCAGAAGCAUGAAGUCACAGUGUCCUGCUUAAAAAAAUUGUAUGAAUACAUUGUGUAUUUUCAUUUCUUUAUAAUGAUCAGCUGGCAUUGGGGGAAAAAUACACACAGAGCAAUCUUCACACCACCCACACAUUCAGGCUUGGUGUGGCAAAACAUAUAAAUGUGUUCAACACACCCUUGCUAUUAACCCACGCACCGUGUUAUGUUUAGUCUGAAUGAAGCUGUUUGGAAUAGCGUGGGUUUUAUUGAUUCUGUAAAUGAAUCACAGCAAUUAAUUUGAUUUCUUUUACUGCUCAGGGUGAUUUCAUUUAUUCUGUGUUUGCCCUAAGGCUAAAACUGACUUAAUGCUUUUUUGAGAUAAUAAAUAGGAAAGAUGAGAGGAAGAUCCCUUCAGCUCCCACAGCUGAAGUUUUCUUCAUGUCUAGAAUGAAUAGAUGUCUACACGAUAUAGAGUCCACAAAUGUUCAGUCUGUCCCUUCCGUGAGAUUGGGUGUAUUUUCAUCUUAGACUUCAGGGAGUAUAAGCUCUGGACAAAAGCGAGAAAUGAAAGGCUCCACUCUUGGGAGCGACUGAAAAAUUCUAGUAAUUACAGCCACACUGUCACCUCUCAGUGACUGCUUGCACAUAAAGCUGGAUGGUGCUGGAGACUCAGCUACCAUUAUGAGCUUUUUCCAACUUUGAUCACAGUCAAAGUCUCAGCAGACCUCCUGAGGGCUACAUUGCUCUAAUUUUCCGUUAAAGAUUGAUGCUUCGUUUCAUCCCAGAACUAUACAUUUCUCACUGCGCAAUGGGUGAUGGCAUCUGGACUCUACUCCUGCAACACCCAUUGUUUAGGUAAUGAUGUCAGCAACAGGAAAUAUGUAAACCCGCCUUAUGUAAGGAAAUGGGAGGAGGGAAAAAUGGGGGACAGAUUAUAGAGAUGUUAUUCAAGGCCUUGGUUAUAAAUAUGGUGGGGUGUUUUUAGUCUUCUGUUUUACAAGCCAACUCAGCCCUGCCUCUAAAACCUUGCAAUCCUGGAGCUUCUCAGAGUCACAGUGGGCAUUUAAAUGAUGUUUUUUAAUGUGUACACUAUUUUUAGAAAGUUGUGUUUGACCAUUUAAUGCAUUUGGGUGAAGGUCCAAAUGUAAGAUACCAGAAGUUAAAGGUAUACCAAGGUGUUCUAUAGUGAAAUGGCUACUCUUGAGCGGGGCAUAUGGUCCUUUAAGAGGACUCAUUCAUGUAAACUGUGGUGUGAGGAGAGAAUAGUGACAGCCAUGUUUGUCUGCACCUCUCCAGCAGGCUCUGCCGUCUGGAGCACGUCUGUCACACAUGUAGGGCUCAAGUUACUGCCAAGACUCAGUCUGGCCCCUAGGAACAGCAGCUGAAGCCUUCGAGAGAGAUAGAGAGAGAUGGAAAGAUAGUGAGGGAGGGAUAAAGGCUUCCUCCACUUCUUAACUUCUCUAACAGCCUGAAUCCAUCCUGCAAUCUGGCUAUUAUUAGACCCACUUCCUCUCCUGGUCCAAAGGGGCUUCCCACUUUUAGCCAUCAUCUCUUUCAGCUCUUUGUACUCUGCCUUUACUAGUCUCCUGAUGAUAAACUACCAUGUAUAUUCUUCACUCUUUCAUAUAGUCUAGGCUGUACAGGACCAGGUUAAACACUCCUCUUUUGGCCAGACUCGUUUAUAUUCCUGCCAUCUAAUUAGAUUGCUGGACGAAGGAAUUCCCUCCCCUUUUAGCCACAGUCACUGGCACGCACUCUGUUCUACCCCCUCUUCACUAUCCACAGAGCAAGAGAAGGAAAACAGGGAUCUAAUGACCGCGGAGUCCACAGUAGCUGGACGAAGACUGUAACACUUUGCUUAUGACAAAGAGGCUUUGCUUGCCAAGGAGAUGGGCAGCCAUGGGUCAAAGCAAUGCUGCUAUUUGUAGGGAUCAGAAAGCAACAUGUGGUGUUUGCAGUGUACGUCUGACAGAAGCCAGUCUCUGCUGGAGCUGGAGCUGGAGCCGAACAGCUGUGUGGAAGGUGAUGGUGCUGGCUGUGAGGCAGGUGCGUCUCUGGAAAGCGGAUACUCUCGCGGGCCGGUGACGCGCAGCUCCAUCAUCAGCACUGAGCACUUUGAGGCACCGUCGCUUUACACACACGAGGUCCGGCAGCGGCCACGUCGCCCCAAACUCCAACACUCACAAUCUAUCCUCCGCAAACAGGCUGAGGAGGAGGCCAUCAAACGCUCACGCUCGCUCUCCGAGAGCUAUGAGCUCUCCACUGAUCUCCAGGACAAACAGGUGGAGAUGCUGGAGCGGAAGUACGGGGGACGUUUCAUAACCCGACAUGCGGCCCGGACCAUCCAGACAGCUUUCCGCCAGUAUCAGAUGAACAAGAAUUUUGAGCGCCUCAGGAGUUCUAUGUCUGAGAACCGCAUGUCCAGGCGCAUCGUCCUUUCCAAUAUGAGGAUGCAAUUUUCCUUCGAAGGACCUGAGAAAGUCCACAGCUCCUACUUUGAGGGCAAGCAGCUCUCCUUGAGCGACGACAGCUCUAAGCUGGCACAGUCAGAGCGUGGAGACAUGGUACCCGUCAACGUUAAGUCACAGGCAGGACAAAGCGACUUCACGGAUGCCAUCACCGAGCUGGAAGACGCCUUCUCCAGGCAGGUGAAGUCGCUGGCUGAGUCAAUUGACGAUGCGCUGAACUGUCGCAGCUUGCAUGGGGAUGAAGGGCAAGAUGAAGGGCAACGGGGACACGGUGACCUGGAUCGGGACAUCACGUAUCAGGUGAAACAAUCACACAGCGGAGACAGACGCAAGCUUGAUGAGAUGACAGCAUCAUACAGCGACGUGACCCUCUACAUUGAUGAGGAGGAACUGUCACCCCCCUUGCCUCUCUCGCAGUCUGUAGUGGACAGAACGUCUAUGGAUCCAGAACUGCAGCUGCGUGCACUAAACUCCUCGCAGGACUAUUGGGUACACAAGGAAGACAAGGGUGACACUGACACUAGCUGUCGCAGCACGCCAUCUCUGGAGUGCCAGGAGCAGAGGGUGAGGAUGGACCACCUCCCUCUGCUUACCAUUGAACCCCCCAGUGACAGUUCAGUGGAGUUGAGUGAUCGCUCUGAGCGCAGUUCUCUAAAACGGCAGAAUGCCUAUGAAAGGGGUGGGCCUACCCAGCCGGGCAGCCCCAAGCGCCAUCCCUCUCAUCCCUCACAUCCCUCCCACCCUUCCAUCCCUCGAAGAGAUGAUGAUGUCCCCCGGCAUCGACCACGGCAGCUAGAGAGCCACCUGGCCAUCAAUGGCACAGCCAACAGGCAGAGCAAAUCAGAGUCUGAUUUCUCAGAUGGUGACAAUGACAGUGUAAACAGCACAUCCAAUUCCAAUGAUACAAUCAACUGUAGUUCAGAGUCAUCAUCACGGGACAGCCUGCGUGAGCAAACACUCAGCAAGCAGACAUACCACAAGGAGACACGUAACAGCUGGGACUCACCAGCCUUCAGCAAUGACGUCAUCCGCAAGCGCCACUACCGCAUUGGCCUCAACCUCUUCAACAAAAAGCCGGAAAAAGGUAUCCAGUAUCUGAUUGAGCGAGGGUUUGUUCCAGACACCCCUGUGGGUGUGGCUCACUUCUUGUUACAACGGAAGGGGUUGAGUCGGCAGAUGAUCGGAGAGUUCCUGGGUAACAGACAGAAGCAGUUCAACCGAGAUGUCCUGGACUGUGUGGUGGAUGAGAUGGACUUCUCUGGCAUGGAGCUGGAUGAAGCCUUGAGAAAGUUCCAGGCUCACAUCCGGGUGCAGGGGGAAGCACAGAAAGUGGAGCGGCUUAUCGAAGCUUACAGCCAGCGCUACUGCAUCUGCAACCCCGGCGUGGUGCGGCAAUUUCGCAACCCAGACACGAUCUUCAUCCUGGCGUUUGCCAUCAUCCUCCUCAACACAGACAUGUACAGCCCUAAUGUAAAGCCAGAGAGGAAGAUGAAGCUGGAGGACUUUGUGAAGAAUCUGCGAGGGGUUGAUGAUGGAGAAGACAUUCCUCGUGAGAUGCUGAUUGGUAUUUAUGAGCGGAUCAGGAAACGGGAGCUCAAAACAAAUGAAGACCAUGUGUCCCAAGUGCAAAAAGUGGAGAAGCUCAUCGUUGGGAAGAAGCCAAUUGGCUCACUCCACCAUGGCCUUGGAUGUGUGCUGUCCUUACCACAUCGCAGGCUAGUGUGCUACUGCAGGCUGUUUGAGGUCCCAGAUCCCAACAAGCCACAGAAGCUCGGCCUCCACCAGAGAGAGAUCUUCCUCUUCAACGACCUUCUGGUGGUCACCAAGAUUUUCCAGAAGAAGAAGAACUCAGUGACAUACAGCUUCAGGCAGUCCUUCUCUCUAUACGGCAUGCAGGUGCUCCUCUUCGAGAACCAGUUUUAUCCCAAUGGUGUGCGGCUCACGUCAGCCAUCCCCGGCGCCGAUAUCAAAGUUCUGAUCAAUUUCAACGCACCCAAUCCACAAGACCGCAAGAAGUUUACAGACGACCUGCGAGAGUCCAUCGCUGAGGUGCAGGAGAUGGAGAAAUACAGGAUUGAGUCUGAGCUGGAAAAGCAGAAAGGUGUGGUGCGGCCUAGCAUCUCGCAGAGCUCUGCUCUGAAAAAGGAGGCCGGCAAUGGGAACCUGAGCCGAGCCAGUCUGGAUGACAGCUAUGCCAUGGGAGAGGGUCUGAAGAGAAGCGCCCUCAGCAGCUCCUUACGCGACCUUUCCGAUGCAGGCAAGCGAGGUCGUCGCAGCAGUGCAGGAUCUCUAGACAGCAAUAUGGACGGCUCCAUCAUUAGCAGCCCUCACAUGAGGCGCCGUGCUGCCUCCAGUCGUGACUGCCCCUCACGCCAGCAUUCAGUGCCCAGCUCAUCCUCGCUGCUUGGCUCAUUGUUCGGCACCAAGCGGGGCGCCAAGUCACCCUCUCUGCCCCCGCAGCCUCCUCAUCCAGCCCACCCCACCCUGAUCUCUCACACGCCGCACCCGUCCAACCUGCACCACACAGCUCGUGAGGGCACGAGCCUAAGCGACACACAUCCACCACACCACACCCAGUACUGCCACGUUCAGCAGAACCCACCUCCGUACCACCACCACCACCACUACCACCCACCUGCACACAUCCAGUACCACCCCUCUUCCGCUGCCGCCUCUUCCUCCCAUGCCCAUUCACAUGCACCACACACCCACGGGCCACACGCACAGCACCCGCCCCACCCUUCCGUCCUGCAGCACCACCACAGCCAGGCUCCUCCCCCGGCAGCCGGCCCGGGCAGCGCAAAGCCCAAACACAGCGGGAUCAGCACUGUGGUGUGAGGGACUGAGACUGGGACUGACUUUCCAAAGCACCUUGGCAGAUUGGCUCUAUAGCUGGCACGUGAAAGACUGUGGCCCAGGAACCAGCUGGGGAAUGAAAAAAAAAAGCAUUGUGACUCUUUUCAUUUCAUUUAGAGCCCCUUUCCUCUGGGAAGAGAAAGGGGACGCACACUGUGUAGCACUGGCUUUCUCUUCCAGGCUUUCAGAGGGCUGCUAGACCCUGUGGGUUUCCCACCUCCAUUUCCACAUUUCCUGCACAUCACCGUUCAACUGUUCACUCCCAGGCAAAGCUGCUUUUUCCCAUUAGGGUUGAUUCAUACUUUUUUAUUUCCACACCUGGACAUCUGUCCAGCUUUCAUGAGAUGGCAAUGCCAAGCAUGCACAAAGACCAUAGCUACUGUUUUAUCUUGUAAUUAAUUGCUUAUGGAGCGCUAUAAAAUACCCUGCUUGCUAAUUAGCAGAAACAAACAGUCUCAGUAGAAUGAUUAUGCCUAGAAAUGGAGAGUUUAAAUACAAUGGUCAACAGUCUAGCCAUGAAUAAAGUCACUCACAAAGAUGUACGUGUUCCAGUAUUUAAUGUAGCUGUAGACCACAGUUCUCUGUGAAAUAGUUAGCAGUCUUUAAUGUGCCAAUUAUUCAAAAACAGUUACUGAGUUAGUAAGAAAUGCUUUGUGUAUGUCGUGCAUAUACUAUUUUGUAAAAUAAUAUCCACAAUCAAUAUUACUGUUACAGAACAAAAUGCGUCCGAGGUGUGAGAUAAAAAUCUCGUAUUAUACUCCUGAAGUAGAAGAUCUAGUUUCACUGUUCUAAAACUCAGUCCAACACUUUUGAUUAGACGAGUGAGGGCUUGACCUGAAACUCCUCUGGUUGCCUUUGAAGCAAAACUCUGGAAGAUUCCUGAACAAACACAAAGAGAAUCUUCUGUUCCGGCAGAACUGUGUUUACUGCACUCAUCUGCUCAUCACUGAACAAUCAGGAGGCAGAAGAGCAGGAGGAAGGAGCUAGCUAAUGCAGGAAUCUUCCUUAGGCCUUGACUCAUCAGUCUUGGCCACUUAGUGCACCGUGGUUUUAUUUUUUUAACUAUUUUUUUAGGGAUGAAUAAAAUGAUAUGAAGUAACUGUACAUUUAAAGAUGAGAAUGAUCAAGCAGAUUUGACUGAGGGGGGUAUUUUGGGGGUAAAAAAAAAAAAAAAAAGACAUACAUGCUUUGCUCAAGAGGAUUAAGAUUGUUGUUUUUGACUGUAAGGAGGGAGGCUCCAUUUCAGAGUGACUAAUUUCUUUCCCCAUAUUUCAAGAGAUUUCUCCCGGGUUCUUGCUGUGCUAUUUGUGUUCUCAGCGGGCUGAGUGAGUGUGUUCCCCUUCAACCCCCGGGUGCUGCUGUCUGAGGUUCCGCAUGCAGCGUAAAUUAAAACAGGCUUUCUACACUUCUGCUUUUGGUUGUUUGGGCUUUUUUUCUUUCUUGUUUGAUGAAUGCCUUUCAGUUUCUCACAAAUCCAGCUACGUACUGUAUGAAGUAGUGUAUGCCAGGAGUGGAGAUAUGUACCUUAUCACAGAAGAUUGAGAAAUGAGGUUUAAAUCAUAUUUUUCCACACACGUCUUCAAUUUUAGAACUUUCUUUAUGCUGAAUAUGCUGUGUAUAGAAAGGAGCUGAUAAAGUUAUGAUCUGAUUAACGUGAUCUUAGCUCAGAUAAGAAAGAUCUAAAUAGCACUUGUCUCAUUUUUUUUUUUGUAAGUAUUCACUUAUGUACAGCAACUAUGAUAGAAGUUUCUUCUAUCUGAGACGAGUAUCAGCAAUGAAGAGAUUUAUUUAGCAAGUUUUAAUUUUUUCUGUUUGUCCCAUUCUUUUUUGUUUGGUUUGUCUGUUUGUUUGGUUUUUUUUUUGUACUAAACAUAUGUGCAAUAUGUAUGUUUCAGUUUUGUAAAUGAACAUUUGCAAUCUAGUGACAGACUUUUUUUUUUUUUUUCCUUUAAGCUUGUCCUUGUCUUUAAUUCUGCAUCGCUGCUCUCCCUCCUUUCUCUGUUCUAGCGACUUGCAGUGAGGAAUGUCAACUGAAGUACUCUUGCAUGUAACAUUAUACUGUAAGGAUAUUCUCUAAAUAUUGUAUAUUCCCAGAAAUAUCAGUGUUACCUUUGACUGUUGUUGAAAUUUAAGUGACAUUAAAAGUAUGUAAACUUCUCUUCA